GAUUUAGUUAGUACUGAUCUAAUGGAAAUAACAAAUCAGAGACAUUUCCUCUUCUAAGGAAUAUUUGAGAUUGAUCAAUUCCUUUAGAUUAGUAUUAACUAAACCGGAAUAAUACCGCCGUGUAAUCAUAAUUUAUAUAAUUUCAUGAAGGAGCUAGUGUUUUUGUUAGUGGUAAUCGUAACCGUUGGCGGAACUGUCGGCAAGAAGCUCGAACGGCCUGAACGUCCUUCAAAUGUUCCUAUCGAUUGUGGGGAACGCAGGAACGUAUAUACCGUGGUUUGCCGUUAAACUAUGUUAGUUCGUCAGUAACUGCCGGUGUGCGCUUAAUAAGUACCCGUCCGUUUAACGGGUAAGUGUUGUGUGUCAAGACUAAAGAAGAUACGAAGAGUGAAAGGGAGAAAAGUUGCCUUUUCUAAGAAUUUCAGUACUUGAUCCCGGAUUCUUCUCCAGUUUGAAAAAUGUCUGACGACAGAGACAGACUAUGCGGUCGUUUAAGACAGAAUGGCGUUGUUCAACCGCUACUUACCGAUUUAUAUCAAAUUACAAUGGCAUAUGCAUAUUGGAAGAGUGGAAAGAUGCAAGACCAUGCAGUAUUCGACCUAUUCUUUAGAAAGAAUCCAUUCCAGGGUGAAUUUACAAUUUUUGCCGGAUUGGAAGAGUGUCUAAAAUUUUUGGACAAAUUUCAUUACUCCGAUAGUGACAUCGAAUAUUUAAAAUCCACAAUGUCAUCAUCUGUGGAGCCCAAAUUCUUUGAAUACCUGAAGAAGCUUAAUGCUAAGGAUGUCACUCUAUAUGCUAUUGAGGAAGGUUCGGUAGUAUUUCCAAGGGUACCGCUUAUAAGGAUAGAAGGUCCUUUGAUAAUGGUACAGCUUUUGGAGACAACGCUAUUAACGUUAGUUAAUUACGCAAGUUUGAUGGCCACAAAUGCAGCUAGAUAUCGUAUGGUUGCUGGGAAGAAUGUAGCCCUAUUAGAGUUUGGUCUCAGACGUGCCCAAGGACCAGAUGGUGGACUCAGUGCCUCCAAGUACAGUUACAUAGGAGGCUUUGAUGGUACCAGUAAUGUCUUAGCUGGCAAGUUGUUUAAUAUACCAGUAAAAGGAACGCAUGCUCAUGCAUAUAUUACGUCAUUCACUGGUGUCGAAGAAUUACAAACAAAAACUCUGGCGCACAAGCAGACUGGUCAAGUUCAUGACCUUCUGGCACUUUCUUCUACGUAUCGUGAGUCCAUCGCAUCCGAUCUUGGAGCUCUUGUGUCUGAGGCAUCUGAUGGUGAACUUGCUGCUUUGAUUAGCUUCGCCAUCGCAUUUCCUGAUGGAUUUAUGGCGCUCGUAGACACGUACGAUGUUAAGAGCAUAGAGGCGUCGGCCAAGCGACAGGCGCACGUAGUCAGCCUAAAUCUAAAGAAUAAACUUCUAACUAAUGGGGCGAAUAAAUCAGCCCAAUACAGUGUGAGAAACGGCCCAAUUAUAUCCGAAACGACACCGCCUCACAAGAAUGGCUUUUUAAGACGAGGCGAAUUGGGCGAGCUCUAUGUGAGGAGUGGUUUACUGAAUUUCUGUGCUGUGGCAUUGGCUCUAAACGAUUUGGGUUACAAAGCUGUUGGCAUCCGAAUUGACAGUGGUGAUUUGGCAUAUCUAAGUCAUGCAGCGAGGGAUAUUUUUGAGAGAAUCGCUACGAAGUACAAUCUACCAUGGUUUGCUCGAUUAACGAUCGUAGCAUCAAAUGACAUCAAUGAAGAGACAAUUCUAAGUCUAAAUGAGCAGAAUCAUAAAAUUGACUGCUUUGGAAUUGGUACGCAUUUGGUAACAUGUCAGAGACAACCAGCUUUGGGUUGUGUAUACAAAAUGGUUGAGAUCAAUGGUCAACCGAGAAUAAAACUCAGCCAGGAAGUGGACAAAGUCACUAUGCCUGGAAGGAAAAUUGCUUAUAGGUUGUAUGGAGCUGAUGGACAUGCAUUGAUUGAUUUGUUACAAAGGUGCUGCGAAGAUCCACCACAGGUUGGACAAAAAGUCCUCUGCAGGCAUCCAUUCCAAGAGUCGAAGAGAGCUUAUGUCAUUCCCACUCAAGUAGAGCCACUGCAUAAGGUAUAUUGGGAGCGUGGCAAUAUAUGUCAUCCAUUAUCAACAUUACAAGAGAUUCGUAACAGAGUACAGGAAUCUUUGAAGACACUGCGCAAUGAUCACAAAAGGAAUUUGAAUCCCACACCAUACAAGUUUCUGGUAUUUUUUCAGGUGGCUGUAAGCGAUGAUUUAUAUAAUUUCAUUCAUGAUCUAUGGCUACAAAAUGCGCCUAUUGGCGAACUUUCAUGAAGUUGCGAACGACUCGUAAAUUUAAAGCGAUUCAAAAGAGAACCUUAAAACUAGCCACGCGAGACACGAUAACGUCACAACUCAAAUAAAACCAUUGACAAGUUUCAGAAAAUUAUUCAAAAUAGUAUAGAUUCAUGGGUGCGUCUUCGCGAUUGAAUGGUAUUGUUUUGUCUUAUGUGAAAAAUUAUGAGUUCGCGUGGCAAUGAUCAUUUGUCAUAUUGUCUCAUAGAGACGCAAAAUACAUAAAAACCCGAUUGACGCGAGCCUGUUAAUUGAUUUCUUACACAAGAAAUUGACUUUUUCUUAUGCACCCAUAUAUACAGAAGUCACAUGAGGAAUAUUGUAAAUGUUGUUUUGCCAAUGGCACUACAAUAUACGUAUCAGAAUAGCAUUAGAGAUUUGAGGAAGAUUUACCAGGAGUAAGUUUGAAAAAAUUCCUCGAUAAACGCUAUCUGGCCGUAACGUGGCAUCUAUUGGCUGUUUGUUACCGCUAUGAACUGAUGAUUCUAAGGAUCUUAAUUCGAUUUUUAGAGGCCGUAAUUUUUUAACAGUGCUAUCCUCAAGCGCGUUUAUUCAAAAAAGUUGAUUAUAGUGGGCAAUAAGACCCACAAGCGGACCUACCCUAUUGCAGUAUAACAUAAAAUAAACAAACAAUCCUGUUAGAGCUUAUAGAGUUUUAAGUUAUACGAUUAUUACAUUGGGAAGAUUUAUCUGUGCUCGCUCUUUUAGAAAAGUACAAAAAGUAAAGUACACGUGCGAAAGCCACGGAUUAUUGAAAUACAAGUCCUAUACUAGGUAGUGAAUAAAUUGUAAAGUAGGUAUGUUUAUGUGUAAAUAAGCGGUUCAAGAAAGGCAAUAACAAGAUAAGAUGCAAAAACAAGAUAUCCUAAUUGUAUGUAUGUACAGGAUGCAACCAGUAAUUCGAUAAGCAAGGUCACACCUGUGUUUAACCAUGUCGGACAGGUCCCUGAUUCUAAAAGAUUUCGCCUAGUUACUAAUUAAGAAAGUUUUUAGCGGGUGUUCGUGUCGUGAGUCAUCAUAUUUGCGACUCAUUACGAACAGAAUUUUUGGGUAAUUAAUUAACCAAAUGGCGAAAUGUAUUCUAGUCAGGGCGUAUUUAUAAAAGGGAAUGCGAUCAGGGUUUGCAGUACGAUUAAUUCGACUUGUAAUACUAUUGCCUUGUCUGGUUAUACGGUAUUUCACAAACUUCGUAUGUCGCGGUUUAUUAAAUUAAUGGCUGUGUAUAAUGGUUUAGUGCAAUUAAUGAAAAUUUUUAAUUAAAUAAACGAUAGCUUUGUUUAUCGUUUCGUGCUAUCUGGAAUGUAGUUACGAAAUCUAAUAAGGUCAAAUCAGAAUAUUUAUUUUUGGCAUUGCGAAAUGAUAUUUUUUUAGAGGAUAUAUAACGUUAAUUUGAUGUACGACAUCCGGAGGUUGUGAUGGCACACAUGGUUUUCCAUUUGAAUACCAUUUGUGAUUUGCUAAUGUGUAUUGUGAAUAUAAAUAAUUAAGAGCAACGGAAUGUAAGAUACAUAAGGGAACAUUAUUGCUGAUUUAUGCGAUAUAUAAGAAUCCACAGAAUGCAAAAAUGCAACUGUAAACAGAAGACGUAGUACAGUCAGGUGGUAUAGUUCUCAUAAAUUAAAAGUAUUUUAUGAGAUAUCAGGAAAUCAUAUUGCAAAUAAUGCAGAGGGAUUAUGGUAUAAGUCCAAUUUUUAUACCUGUUGAAUUCCCUCUAUUAUGCAUUGCCAUGUGUUUGUAUAAUAUUGCAAAAUUUAAAUUGAUUUUAAUCGAAAUAUUUAUAUGAAUUACACGUUCUACUCGUUAUUUCUUAUUCUUUAUUUAAACCGUGGAGCACAAUACGCCAAAUUACUAUUUUCAUUUACUGUAUAAAGGCAGUUUUUUUUUUUUUGAAAACUUAUCUUUUCAGUCUAUUGGUUAUAAUGAAAUUUUCUGUACUGCGUGUCUAUUUGACAGCGAUGUUUAAAUUUUUAAAAAGUUUCAUACCCAUAAAAACAGCUUGAUACAACGGCUGGUUAUUAGACUUACGCCACUCUCCAUCUGCAUUCUUAUAAAUAAUAUAGACUUAAUAUAUUUUUACACGCAAAGCGUUAUUUUACGUUUCACGUAUGUAAGAGGAUCAUUCGUAGUUUUAUGAUAACUCUUUACACCAAGGGCAGUAUGGAGUAAACUCCGGUGCUACAUACAUUAAAAUAACCCAAUAGUAUAUUGCCCUUAGUCGUCUUGUUAUACUUGUAUUGUUAGUACGCGUGAAAAUUACAGUACAGAGUAUGCAAUUUUAUAGCAAUCUUUUUCAUGUAACUAUUAUUUUAUUUGUUAUUAACAGAAUCGUUAAUAUAUGCCUAUAGUCCACGA